AUGUCCACGCUUCCGAUAUCCGAGGACAAUCCAUUCCAGACUUUGAUAAUUGAGACAAAUAAUGAUGCGCUGAUCAAUCGAAAUGCACAGCAAGCUGCGAAGGUCCUGGCACCAGACUUCGCAGGCUGGGAUCUUGACGACAUUUUAACGCGCCUUGACGGUCCUGCAAAGGAAGAAGGAUUUGUUGACCCGCGCAACUGCCUGGUCAUUUGGGCCCGGCCACCUUCUCCAAUUCGCGAUCUUAUAAAGUUCGUGCAAAGCGAACUCAGACGCGUUGCUCCGACGCUCUGGUUCAUGCCCACCGAGAAUCUACAUACGACAGUACUGGAAAUUGCCCAUUCUUUGACCGAAGAGCAGAUUGAGAGUCUCGUAAAUACUCUGCAGUUAUCACAGAACAUACCCAGUGCAGAUAUUGCAGAUUAUGCGUUUGCUCAUCAAACCCGCCUUGUGAAGCCUAUGGUGGGCUUUGAUUCUGCAGCCAUGGCACUGACCUUUGUUCCAGCCGCUGGAGAAACUUCAGAUGCGCAACGCAAUAUUGAAGACGAGACCUAUACUUAUCACCAUCUUCGUCGUGAUAUAUUUGACAUGGUUCGGGCGGCUGGUAUCCCGGUUGCGUCGCGGUACAUUGUUCCCUCAGCCCAUCUCACCAUUGCUCGGUUCGUCACUCAGGACGGCUUCGUCAGACAAGAUGUAGCGGGAGAGGGACAUGUUGACCCUUCCAAGGUCAAAGAACUGAUUGAUAAGAUUGACGAAAUCAAUCAGAAGCUGCAGGACGAAUAUUGGCCGAGUGAGAGUGGAACAAUCAAGGCCGGCGGGGAGUGGCUGGUUGGCCAGGAACAGGGCUUGGUCAUUCGCAGGGGUCGUCUGUGGUAUGGUGGUGGCGAUGAUGUACAGCUUGGAAGGGCUAUUGAGCCUGAACUAGUAUUGAUACCUCUCUGA